GCAGGGUCCGUGUAUCUGCAGACUGCAUGACACCAAAGGAACCAUUAUGGGACAGGCGUCCAGGGUUCGUUGUGCCAAAUGCCAUCUCCUAGUGACCUGUCUCUUUAUUAUGCUACUGGCAUUUGGAGGUUGCUUUCUGACGGUAAUCACUAGGUUUGGGGGUCAUUUCACUACCCUGACUUCGCCCUCGCCCGCUGACAGCCCAACCAGAGGAAUACAAAAUGCCAUGGUGGUGUAUGGUGGAAUUGUCUGUUCCUUCCUCUUCCUCAGCAUUCUUCUCAGUUUUGUCUCAGUACUACGAGAGUCACAGCAGCUCAUGGUGAUUGCCCUGGUGGUGUUCGGAAUCCUGCUCUGCUCGUUGGUGGCUGGAAUGACUUGGACACACGAAUCUCAGGACGAGGUGAAGGCUUCAUACCUCGAUGUUUAUGAUGGACUCUAUGACCAGGUUGUCAGAGAUACAUUUGAAGGCCAUAGAACACAUCUUAUGAGCAUACAUGAAAAAUUCCAAUGCUGUGGGAAGAUCAGUUGGCCUCAGACAUUUGGUGUGAACAAUCUGCUGUGCAAGAACAUGACAGAGAGUCAGGACUGUGUGCUGGUUAUCUCAGCUGCAUUGAAUACUCAUUGGAACUAUGUUAAAAUAGUGCUGCUCCUCUCCUUAAUAAUUACGGUUUAUGGAAUGCUCCUUUCCUCCUUCCUCUACAUAUCCUUCCCAAGAGGCACAACAUGGGGUCGCAGAGGUGAAUAUAGCUUGACCAAUGGUUUUAGUGGCUCCCGAAUCCUUUUUCCCGCAACUGCUCUCACUCACUUGCUUCCCCACCAAUCUACAAAGUGACGUGUUCUUUAUCAUGUCUGACGUGGUCCGCCAGCUGCCUUUUUGUCAGGGAAUUAUUAAAAUAAAUUAUCACCCAGUUACAAUGUGUCUUAACGUGUUAUAGUAAGAUAUUUUACAUGAAUUAAUCAUAUGAAGAAAGAAAGCUUCUACGGAACCAGUUUCUAUUUCUAUCUAU